AUGCUUCGAAUCUCUUGGCUUUGGAUAUUUGCCCUAUGUGUACUAGGAUUAUCUACUUCUUCUGCUCGUGCUGAGGACGAUCCAUGUACCGUUUGGGGCGGCGACAAAUUCUACGACCUCAACCCACUCAAGUCAAAUGAAGAUUACAAGUUCAAGUCUCCAGAUGGCCACAAUUACACUCUGAACGUUUGCCAGUCUGUGAGGACCGAGCUUUGGGCCGUAAAAGUCGACGAGCCCGAUCGUGUUGCUGGGUUCACACGUCGCAAGCAUGUGAUGUUGUCUCUCUCUAGCUACGUGAACACUACGUUGGCGAUACGAGGCGACAACCCUGUGAUGACGGUGGCCGAUGGGUCUGCUUGUCCUCAGCACCCCGAAAUGCAUGCUGCUGCUACUAUUAAUUUCGUGUGCGACUCCUCAGUUACGGAUAAUGCGACUUCAGGCACACCGAUGCUGGUUGCGCAACUACCACUACCGGAGGAUGACUCCUGUUUCUUCUUCAUCGAAUGGAAGACCCAUAUUGCGUGUUCUACCCAACCGAAAGGUAGCGGCUGGGGAAUCACGGGUAUCCUUGCAACGAUAGCCGGCCUUCUCCUGAUGACAUACAUCGUCGUUGGCGGCUUCUACAAUUAUACGGUGCUUGGCCUGAGGGGACUGGACAUCCUUCCUCGGUACUCUCUCUUCUCCCUCCGAGAUACGAUCAACUUCUUCCAGAUUUGCAUUGAGAGGAUCAAGGAACGUUCGUCAGAUACGCUGCACUUUGGUAACAGCGGCAUGGGCGGAUGGAGGCGGCCAACGUCGAACAGAGGCUACCAUGGUCUAGACGAAGAACAAACCGGCAUGCUCAGCGGUCCGCCGGGAUUCCUGGACGAGAUGGACGAAGAUGAGGAUGAGCAGCAGCAGCACGAGAAUGGACAGCCUGGCGCCGGGAUGGAUGACAACGGUGUUAUUCGAUUUGUCCAGGGGAUGCGCCCCGCUGCGCGCGUCCUGCGAGGCUGGCCUUUGAAUGCAGAUGAGAUAGCCGGGCGAACCAGAUGUCGCUUCCAAGCGAUCGAUGCAUUGCCUCCAACUUUACAUAACGCUUCACUGCCGACUGACAACUCUCACUGUACGGUUCCCCAAUACCGAAAGCAAAUGGCUCAGGGCGAAUGUUUGGGACAGGAUUGCCAUCCUGGCCGGGAAGAGCUCUCGUCAUUGUUCUGUACACACAAGAAGCUUGUCUGGGUCUUGAACGUGCUGUCGCUGCCCGCGGUCGCUGUGGGAGACGAACAGCGAGACAACGAGCAAUUGUCCGUGGUGUACGUUGCGUGUGAAGGCACAGAGCCAUGGCGACUGCGUUUGUUUGUACACCGAGGCGGAACAAUGUUUGGAGGGAUUUGCCUCCCAUUUUGUCACGACACGAUUACGACCGUCAUGGACCCCCACUACACCCACAGUCUGUCCCAAGGGGACGAAAACUACAUGCAUGCCGGAGGGUAUGGUACUCCGUAUACCUCAGAUGAAGAUCCAAACUACGGCAUAGUGUACCAUCAGCAAAUGCAACCUCCUUACCCAGUCGUACAGACUGGCCUGCAACGCCACCUGUCCGAGUCAGAGAUCCAGCAAGCCAUGCAUUACCAGCGCAACCUGAGCAUCGUGGGUCAGCCGUAUGCGAACCCCGUGUAUAACGCCUCGCCGCCUCAUGGCGCCAUGCCUCUAUCCGGAUCACCCCCUCCCCCCUCCCCCAGCCAUUUGUACGACCCCCUCUCGCCCCCUGUGUCCGGAUCUGAUACAUCGGCGGACGGAAUAUACCACCAUUCCCGCAACAGCAGUGCUACCGGCUCUCCUUCCUCAUCCCGCGCCAAUUCGCUUGUGCACCGCAACCCGUUACGGUACAACCCGACACCUUCUCCAACAAGCUCCUCGACCGGUCGUCGCAGCCGCGGCCGCUCUCUCUCUGACGACGACGAAGGAAUGGGCCUGGGUAUGGCCGAGAGUCUCGCAAACACCCGCAAAGAGGCAACUAGAAGACAACGGAUUGAGGCGGAGCAACGUCGCAGGGACGAAUUGCGUGACGGCUAUGCUAGACUCAAGGAUGCACUGCCAGUGUCCAAUCAGAAGAGUUCGAAGGUUUCCCUGCUUGAGCGAGCCACAAACUACAUCAUCAUGAUGGAGAACCAAAACCGCGACCUCAUGAAGCGGCUUGAAGCGGUAGAGCAAGAGGUCAAAAGGUUACGCGCCCUCAACGAGAAGAUCUCACUCAGCGUAGGCAGUACCAAGUCGCCAUCGCCCGCUCGAAUUCACGUAGAUCAACACUCCUUGUCGCCACAGCCAGAGAGCUCGCAGCUUGCGAGCAUUGUGGGUCAGGAGCCUCCCCAGGAGGAUUCCGACUCGUCUCCUUCGGACGAAGGUUUAUAA